GGCGACGGCAGCGGUCCCAGCGGCGGCAGCAGCAGCAACGGCGGGAGGAGCCUCCGGGAUUGCUGAAAUAAAUUGCCUUCUUCCUGAAACGUGGAAGAGGGAUUUGAAAUUGCCGUGCAAGAAUCGUACAGUGUUAGCAGCUGUGACUAGACUUGUCCUGGACUUUCGGAGUCAGAGCAUCCUUUGGCGAUCAGAUGUGACUGUCUUACAGCUGGUCUCCCAGGCUCUGCGAGAAAUGGAUGAAAGGAGGCUGCUGGAUCCAGGCUUGAAGGUUCAUAAAGGCCUCUGGGAUUCUGCUCUGAAGAACCAGCAGAUGGAAUGCCCGAUUGACUGAAGAAAAUGGGUGCUAAUGCAUCUAACUAUCCUCAUUCAUGUUCCCCAAGGGCAGGGGGAAAUUCACAGGCCCAACAGACUUUUAUAGGGACAUCAUCGUAUUCCCAGCAAGGCUAUGGUUGUGAAUCAAAAUUGUAUAGCCUUGACCACGGACAUGAGAAACCACAAGACAAAAAAAAGAGAACCUCUGGCCUUGCAACCCUCAAAAAGAAGUUUAUCAAGCGUCGAAAAUCUAAUAGGUCUGCCGAUCACGCCAAGCAGAUGCGAGAGCUCCUCUCUGGGUGGGAUGUCAGAGAUGUCAAUGCGCUGGUGGAGGAGUACGAGGGCACCUCAGCCUUGAAGGAGCUUUCUCUCCAAGCCAGUUUGGCUCGGCCAGAAGCCCGGACAUUGCAGAGAGACAUGGCUGAUCUUUAUGAGUACAAGUAUUGUACUGAUGUAGACUUAAUAUUUCAAGAAACUUGCUUUCCUGUUCAUCGUGCCAUUUUGGCAGCAAGGUGUCCAUUUUUUAAAACACUGCUUUCUUCCUCACCAGAGUACGGGGCGGAGAUAAUAAUGGACAUCACGACGGCUGGAAUCGACAUGCCCAUGUUUUCUGCGUUGUUGCACUACCUGUAUACAGGAGAGUUUGGAAUGGAGGACUCGAGGUUUGAAAACGUCGAUAUCCUCGUUCAGCUCAGUGAAGAGUUCGGAACACCAAAUUCCCUUGAUGUAGAUAUGCGAGGGCUCUUUGAUUACAUGUGUUACUAUGAUGUUGUCCUCAGUUUUUCUUCAGACUCUGAACUGGUUGAAGCUUUUGGUGGAAAUCAGAACUGUUUAGACGAAGAGCUCAAAGCCCACAAGGCUAUUAUUUCUGCAAGAUCCCCAUUUUUUCGGAAUUUAUUACAAAGGAGGAUACGGACUGGUGAAGAAAUCACAGACCGAACUUUGAGGACGCCCACGAGAAUUAUAUUAGAUGAGUCUAUUAUACCAAAAAAAUAUGCAAAAGUGAUACUGCACUGCAUGUACACUGACGUGGUGGACCUCUCCGUGCUACACUGUAGCCCCUCUGUGGGGAGUCUCAGUGAAGUGCAGGCUCUCGUGGCAGGGAAGCCGAACAUGACCAGGGCAGAGGAAGCCAUGGAGCUUUACCACAUAGCACUGUUCCUGGAAUUUAACAUGCUUGCACAAGGCUGUGAGGAUAUCAUUGCUGAGAGCAUCUCAUUAGAUACCUUAAUUGCCAUCCUCAAGUGGAGCUCUCAUCCAUACGGCUCUAAAUGGGUCCACCGACAAGCAUUGCAUUUCCUCUGUGAGGAAUUUUCCCAGGUCAUGACUUCGGAUGUUUUUUAUGAACUCAGCAAAGACCAUCUGCUUACUGCUAUCCAGUCUGACUACCUACAGGCAAGUGAACAAGAUAUCCUUAAAUAUCUGGUUAAGUGGGGAGAGCAUCAGUUGAUGAAAAGAAUAGCAGACAGAGAGCCAAACUUACUGAGUGGCACUGCCCAUAGUGUGAACAAAAGAGGAGUAAAAAGACGGGACCUGGACAUCGAAGAGCUGAGAGAGAUCCUUUCUUCUCUCUUGCCCUUUGUGCGAAUUGAACACAUCUUACCUAUAAACAGUGAAAUCUUCAGUGAUGCAAUGAAAAGAGGCUUGAUUAGUACUCCUCCAUCAGAUAUGCUUCCUACGACCGAAGGUGGAAAGUCAAAUGCCUGGUUACGGCAAAAAAAUGCCGGCAUUUAUGUUCGUCCUCGACUGUUCUCUCCCUACGUGGAAGAAGCAAAGUCGGUGCUAGAUGAGAUGAUGGUGGAGCAGACAGAUCUGGUGCGUUUGCGAAUGGUCAGGAUGUCCAAUGUGCCAGACACGCUGUACAUGGUCAACAAUGCUGUCCCACAGUGCUGUCAUGUGAUCAGCCACCAGCAGAUCAGUAGCAACCAGUCCAGCCCUCCUUCCGUGGUUGCCAAUGAAAUCCCAGUUCCUCGGCUGCUCAUCAUGAAGGACAUGGUCAGAAGGCUGCAGGAGCUGCGGCACACGGAGCAGGUGCAGAGAGCCUACGCACUCAACUGCGGGGAAGGCGCCACCGUCAGCUAUGAGAUUCAGAUCCGAGUGCUGCGGGAGUUUGGGCUUGCAGAUGCUGCCGCAGAGCUCUUGCAGAAUCCUCACAAGUUCUUUCCUGAUGAACGUUUUGGAGACGAAAGCCCACUCUUGACAGUGAGACAGCCUGGACGAUGUCGUGUUAACAGCACCCCUGCUGCAGAGACCAUGUUUACAGAGCUGGACUCGUUCGUGGCCUUCCAUCCACCCUUGCCCCCUCCUCCCCCUCCCUACCACCCCCCCGCCACCCCAAUCCAUAACCAGCUCAAAGCAGGCUGGAAGCAGAGACCUCCCAGCCAGCAUCCUUCCCGUUCUUUUUCUUACCCUUGCAAUCCAUCACUGUUUCACUCUAGAACAGCUCCUAAAGCUGGCCCGCCCCCCGUCUACUUGCCAGGUGUUAAAGCGGCACCACCUGACUGCACCACCGUCCCUGGGCUGGGGAGACAGACAGUCGCUGCCGCUGCUGCUGCCGCCUCUGCGGCGGGGACGGUGGAGAAGCAAGUGGGUGCACAGCCUGUGCUGAACGACCUGAUGCCGGACAUUGCCAUGGGUGUGUCCACGCUGUCACUGAAGGACAGGAGGCUUCCGGAGCUGGCAGUGGACACGGAGCUAAGCCAGUCGGUGACCGAAGCAGGGCCCGGGCCUCCCCAGCCUCUCUCAUGUAUGUCACAGAGGCACGCACACACUUCUCGAAAGAAACACACACUAGAGCAAAAAGCAGCCGCCCGAGAGCAUCAGCAGGAAUACCCGGAUUUCUAUGACUUCUCCAGCGCUGCUUGCAGGCCUUCCACCCCUGCGCCUGGCAGACGGACCCCCUCCCCUUCACAAGGUGGAUAUUUCGGUCCUGAUCUGUACAGCCACAGUACGGCAUCACCAAGUGGCUUAAAGUCCGCCUACGCACCCAGCCAGAGCUCUCCGCAGAAGCAGGAGGAAGCUAGGAGAGAGUACCCGCUUUCCCCUGACGGGCACCUUCCCCGGCAGAAGAAUGAGCCCAUCCGCCUGGAUGUUGUAGAGCAACCUCCCCCGCGGGCAGACUGUGCUUUGGCGGCCUCAGAAAGUGCCGGCAACGGCCCAGCCCACGUCAGGGGACGAUCCACGGUAGAAACAGACUUGACCUUUGGGCUCACUCCCAACAGACCUUCUGCGCACUCUGCGUGCAGCAGCUCUGAGGCGCCAGAAGAGAGAUCCAGUAGAAGACUGGCAGACAGUGAGGCCCUGGGCCCCGGAGCUCCGCGAAGUGCAGACCUGGAGCGGGAGGAUUCGGUGAGCAGAGGCAGGAGGUCACCCAGCAAGCCUGACUUCCUCUACCGAAAGUCUGCCCUCUGAGAGCCGCGCCCACAGAGCGCGGCGUGCGCGUGGGUGACGGAAGCCGGCAGCUUGCAGAGCAGUCUCGGCGCCAGCUGGCCCCUCCGGUCCACAUCCUUUACCCUGUGUCUGUGUGCGCGUGUGAGACACGCAUGCCGAGUGCUGCGUCUGUCUGUCUGUGUUCGAGCGAUUGUUCGGGGAAGCAAGCAAGCAAGCUGGCACUUUUUUUCCUCUUUUCAAAAUGAUGGAUUUUUUUUUGCACUUGUACAUUUUACCUGUAUUGAUUUUAUAUCAGUAUGUUAAAAUUUAUUGCCACAUUUAAAGGACUGUAUUUUCAUACUUUUUUGCAUUUUAUCUUUCAUCUACCAAUUUCCACGUGCAUUGGGUUGCACACCGAGAUGUAUUUUCUUAUAAAAUAGUUCUGUGUUUAUUUUUUAAUUAUAGAAAUUCCAAAGAACAGCACAUCACAAUGCUUUUCUCAGUAGUUGUUUGAGUUCAGAGAUCUUCGUGCUCAAUCUUCAUAAAUCUAAUGUCAUUCUUUCUCAGUAAGUCCUGGGAGCUGGUCCUCACUGCUCCAUCAGGGGUCCAGCCAGGGUCCUGAGGUGUCCUGGCUCAGUAACGGACAGGAAGGAGCAAGGCCCGGGCGUCCACAGCACGGACGCUGCCAGGAGCUCUGCGGGCCCUGGGCUGUGGGUUAGAGCAUCACUCUAAGGCUCUAGUGGAAGAGGUCGAAAAACGGCGAGGUCGCCCAGCGUGGCUCCUGCUGGCGUGGACUCAGCUGCCCUGGAGGAGGGACUGCCUGCUGCCUUCGGUUGUCUUGCUCUCUCUGUGGGAAAACAGCAAAGCAAAAGGGCUUCAGUCUCACCAUGUCGUUUGGUGUUUGUACGUGUACGUUCUGUUCCGUACAUUUUCCAAAGUUUGUUGGAAUUUUGGUGUCCUAUAAAAAGCUAUGUAAUGCUUUGUCACCAAAAAACAAAAAAGAAGAUGGCGACAUUUGUUUUCAGGUACACACUCCGUGUCCUACUUGAACCCCAGUGGGGAUGCUGGUUUGGCAUUUACUGAACCACUGAGCACAUGGGGUCUCCUCAGACCCUCCCCCUUGAAGGGCCAUGCGUAAGCUGAGGACUGUUCUUUUCCUGACACUCCAAUGUAAAUAUGGUAGUAUUUGAGUUUUUAAAUCACUUCAACGUUAUUUGAGCAUCUACUUUGUAUUU